AUGUCUCCGUCUGACGUCAGCUGGCUGCUCCUCAGCCUCCUGCUCCUCUUCACCACCACGGUCUGGAGCCAGCAGGUCCCUGUUAACUGUGUGAUCAAGCAGGAGCAGGAGAGCUGUGAGGAGAAGAUGGCCUCCGACGAUCCCGGGAACGAUCCUGAGUUCGGCUGUCCCUGGAUGUGGGACAACCUGACGUGUUGGAAGCCGGCGAGGGUCGGUGAGGUGGUGGAGGUCAACUGUCCCGACCUCUUCACUCAGUUCAUGAGCGGCGAGGACUUCGAGGUGGGGACGGUGAGUCGCAACUGCAGCGAGUUCGGCUGGUCUGAGACCAUCCCUCACUACAUCGACGCCUGCCUGUACGAGGAGGGCAACAGCACCCACCCGGACAUGUACUACGUGUCGGUGAAGGCUCUGUACACCGUGGGCUACAGCGUCUCUCUGGUGUCCCUCACCACAGCCAUGGUGAUCCUGUGCAGGUUCAGGAAGCUGCACUGCACCAGGAACUUCAUCCACAUGAACCUGUUCGUGUCCUUCAUGCUGAGGGCCAUUUCCGUCUUCAUCAAAGACGGCGUGUUGUACGCCAAAGAGGACAGCGAGCACUGCUUCAUCCACACGCUGGAGUGUCGAGCCGUGAUGAUAUUCUUCCACUACUGCGUCCUCUCCAACUACUUCUGGCUCUUCAUCGAGGGCCUGUACCUCUUCACGCUGCUGGUGGAGACCUUCUUCCCCGAGAAGAGAUACUUCUACUGGUACAUCAUCAUCGGCUGGGGCGGGCCGACCGUGUGCGUGACCGUGUGGGCCGUGCUGCGGCUGCACUUCGAUCACAUCGGCUGCUGGGACAUGAACGACAACGCUGCCAUCUGGUGGGUGAUAAAGGGACCUGUGCUGGCCUCCAUCAUGAUAAACUUUGUUCUCUUCAUCGGAAUCAUCGUCAUCCUGGUGCAGAAGCUCCAGUCUCCAGACAUCGGAGGAAACGAGUCCAGUAUUUACCUGAGGCUGGCUCGCUCCACUCUGCUGCUGAUCCCUCUGUUUGGGAUCCACUACACUGUGUUCGCCUUCUCCCCGGAGAACGUGAGCAAGCGGGAGCGUCUGGUGUUUGAACUCGGACUGGGAUCCUUCCAGGGCUUCGUGGUGGCCGUCCUCUACUGCUUCCUGAACGGAGAGGUGCAAUCGGAGAUCAAGAGGAAAUGGCGCAGCUGGACGGUGAACAGGUACUUUGCUGUGGACCUGAAGCACCGGCAUCCCUCGCUGGCGAGCAGUGGUGUGAACGGGGGGACGCAGCUGUCCAUCCUCAGCAAGAGCAGCUCGCAGAUCCGCAUGUCCAGCCUGCAGGCCGAGCUCCCGGCCACCUGA